CCUCCUUACAUUGCUGAUUCCUUUCCUCCUCCCCGAGGGGGGGAUCGGCAUCAGGUCUUCUUCGUGCCAUUUCCUGGUUCCUUCCUCUCCUCGGUGGUGCGUGUCUCUCGGUCUCCUCUUACCCGAUGGGCUUGUGUCCCCGGAGGUACCUGUCCGCCCGGAAGCUCUCCUGAGAGCUGCUUGUACCCUACCGGGCAUCAUGAAGCCGCUGCUCCGAAGGCUUCUGCGGAUUUCCAACCGAUCCAUCUUUGCAUUCAUUUUCUUCUUCUCGUUGUCCUCAUCUUGCCUCUACUUCAUCUAUGCAGCCCCAGGAAUUGCAAAUACCUACCUCUUCAUGGUGCAAGCACGAGGCAUAAUGCUGAUAGACAAUGUCAGAACUAUCGGGCACAUUGUCAGACAUUACACUAAUAAAAAUACCACUCUCAACGGAACAGAUUAUCCUGAUGGCACCAACGCUACUGAUUUCACUGCUCAGUCAACAGUGUAUCUGCCAGAAAACUUCACAUUUUCUAAACAUCUUCCAUGUCCAGAGAAACUCCCUUUUAUGCGCGGGCCUACAAGUAUCAACAUGAGUGAACUUACUUUAUAUGACGUGCACAAGCUCUUUGCAAAUGAUACAGACCUUGGACCUGGUGGUCACUGGAAACCCAAAGACUGUACUCCUCGAUGGAAAGUGGCAAUCCUUAUUCCAUUCCGCAACCGCCACGAGCACCUUCCUAUUUUCUUCAGACACCUUAUACCGAUGCUUCAGAGACAACGGUUAGAGUUUGCCUUCUAUGUCAUUGAACAGGCGGGUACACAGACAUUCAAUCGGGCAAUGCUGUUUAAUGUUGGAUUUAAAGAAGCAAUGAAAGAUCGCAAGUGGGACUGCAUAAUUUUUCAUGAUGUUGAUCACAUUCCAGAAAAUGACCGAAAUUAUUAUGGGUGUGGAGAAAUGCCGCGGCAUUUUGCAGCAAAGCUUGACAAAUACAUGUACAUUCUUCCAUACAACGAGUUUUUCGGAGGUGUUAGUGGUUUGACUGUAGAACAAUUUAGAAAGAUAAAUGGAUUUCCCAAUGCCUUCUGGGGAUGGGGAGGUGAAGAUGAUGAUUUGUGGAACAGGGUCCACUAUGCUGGUUUUAAUGUGUCUAGACCAGAAGGUGAUCUUGGGAAAUACAAGUCAAUUCCUCAUCAUCACAGAGGAGAGGUCCAGUUUUUAGGCCGGUACAAAUUACUGAGGUACUCCAAAGAACGCCAGUACCUUGAUGGGUUAAGUAAUUUAAUAUAUGCUCCAAACAUUGUAAUCGAGAAGUUUUAUAAAAAUAUAACCGUGAACCUUGUUCCAGAACUGGCUCCUGUGAAAGACUACUAGUGGCUGGUGCUCUGUUCAAAAUCGGCGUGCCAACUGGAGCAAAGACUAUAUUGUUGUGACAAAAUGGACCAGAUCCAAAUGAGAUGUAGUGACUGAUAUCAGAGUUACAAUUACUUUAUCUGAAUGUUUGCAUUAUUUUCUGAAGCCAGCAGCUGCUAUCUCAAUGUUUACAGCAGAAGACUUCUCAUAACACAAGCCUUGUUUCACCAAAUACUGUAUUUUUACAGUUUACUCCACUGUACAGUGAUUUUCGGUUUAAAAGCAGAAUUCCCUCCCCCCUUUCCUUGGCAAAUCUAACUGAAGUUUUAGCUUUAUGUGUUUCUUUUAAAAUGGGGGUUUUUGUUUUCUAUUGAAUUUGUGUAUAUAUUUAUGUACAUAUGUGCUCUGUGUAAAUACAUUCAUAUUUCUGUGUAUUAGGCAAAUGUAUGUAUGCACACUAUAAUGGUUGUAAAGUUACUCAUGGUUUUUAAUGACUGACACAACAGCAUGCAUUUAGGUGUGUGUGUGUGUGUGUAUAUACAUCUAUGUAUAAUAUAUAUAUAGUGUGCAUACAUACAUAUACGCACAUACAGUAUAUAUCAGUAUAUUAAUU